AUGUCAUUAAAUAUAAACUGUUUAAGUGAAUAUUCCGAUUUUGAAUUAGUACCAUUGAUUGGUAAUAAUUCAAAAAAUUUCAUUCAUUCAAUUUAUAAACAAGAUGAAAAUGGUUUUAUUUCAAAAUUUUCAUCAUUUAUAAGAGGUUUGCUAUUUUCUUCAAAUGAUUUUGAAUUAUUAUUAAAAAAUUUCACAAUAAAUUCAUUUAAAUUAUCAAAUAAAUUCAUUUCAUCAAUAAUUAUUUAUUCAAUUGGAAUUCUUUUGAUGCUAAUCAUGCUUUCAAUUAUUUUUUAUAUUAUUUCAUAUACAAAUAUAAAACAAGAUAAAUCAAAAAAACAAAAAUAUUUUAAAUUUAAUUUAAAAACUCUUCUUGUUUUAUUAUUAUUUAUUAUUUAUUUCUUUAUAUUUAUUCAAAUGAUAUUUCUUAUCGAACAUGGAAAUAAAGCAAAAAUUUCUUUAGAAAAAUCAAUCAAAUUAAUUAAUGAAGAAUUUAAUUCAAAUAUUAUUUCACAACAUUUUAAAUAUUUAUUAGAACAAUUUAAUAAUUAUUCAAAAAAAUCAAGUUCAAUAAUAAUUGAUGGAUCAAAAUCGUUAAUGAUUAAAUCGUUAAAUAAUUUAUUAAAUGAUUAUUAUUAUAUCGAAGAAAUUAAUCUUCAUAUAGUGAGCGUAAAUAAAUAUUUUAAUGAAAUAAAUUCUUUUAUUGAUAAUGAUCAAAAUAUAAAAGUUUUAUUUAAUAAAAUAACAAAGUCAUAUGAAUAUAUUAUGAAAGAUAUUAAUAAUUUAAAUAAAAAACUUUGUUACUAUAUUAAUCAAAAUAAUAUUGAAAUUGAAAAGAAAAUUUUCUAUUUAUUUAAUUUAAUUAACGAAAAAUUUCAAUUUUUUAUUCAAAUUAUAAAUGAAAAAAUUUUAAAUAAAUUUUUUAAAUCAAAAUUAUUUAAUCAAAAUCAACAAGAAAAGAUUCAAUCAUUUAUAUCAUUAAUAGCAACUUUAUUUUUUAGUAUCAUUUUAAUAAUAACAAUUGUUCCAUUUGCUUUCUUAAUUAUUAUUAUUAUUAAUGAUUUUUGUCUUCAUUCAAAUAAUCAAACCAAACAAUUUAAAAAUCAAAAAACAAACAGUGAAAGUUCAAGUAAAUUAGAUGAUCUCGAUGUUAAACAAUUAAUAUCAUUACAUACACAUAGUAAUGAUUCUCAAAGUUGUUAUACGACAAAUAGUUUCAGUAAUAUUCGUAAUGUAUCAAGAAAAAAACAUAAAUCAAGAAAAAUAAGAACCUAUCAUAUCAGUGCAAAUGGGGAAAGAACCUUUUCAUAUCCUGUUAAUGUUACUAAUCAAAAUAAAUCAAAGAAUGAUCGUUCCUAUCGAUUAUUUCUUGGUUCAAUACGUAUUUCAUUUGGUUUUCUAAUAGUUUUAUUAAUUAUUCUAUGUAUAAUAAGUGGUCUUCUCUAUGGUCUCGAUUUACUUAUAGAAAACUCAUGUCGAUUAGUUCAUCACGAUGAACAAUAUCUUAUUUCAUUGAUAACAGAUAAUUUGAUUAAAUCAAUAGAAAAUUUUGAUAUGAAUACAACAAUUAAUAAUAUAAUUAAUGAUUGUAAUAAAAAUAAACAUUUCAGUAAAAAAUUUCUAAAAGAGUAUUCAAAUGAAUUAAAUAAUGAAUUAAUUCCAAUAAUGAAAUAUUUAAAUGGAAAUAUUUAUAAAGAAUUUUUAAUAUCAAUUAAAAUGAUAAAUAUAUCAUCAGAAAUUGAUUUAUUAAAUAAUUUAGCUAGUUUUCUCCGUUUAAAACAUAUUCAAAAUCGUCUUAUUCUCAUUCACAAUGAUUUUAAUCAAAUAGAAAGAAUAUUUAAACAAAUUAUUCAAUUCAAUUCUCGAUUACCAAUUCAAUUCCUCACUCAAACGUUAAAUGAAUUUGAAUUAUUUUUCGAAAAAAUAAUCGAAUCAACGAUGAAUCCGUGUCCAUUACCAAUCGAUAAUAUAUUAAAAAUAGACAAAUUAAUUUGUCAUGAAACAGCCAAUACAAUAAAUGGUUUAUGGUUAUUGAUUUUUUUGUUCAUGUUUUCUCUUGCAUUUGGCUUUUGUAUUUUUGGUAUAUACAUCUAUAAACGGUUUAUUUAA